AUGGAAAAAAUGACUUCAUUAAAAUCCAACAAGCAAACUCCUAGGAAACGAAGAGCACAUUUGAGAAGUACGCUUAAAGAAUCGUCCAAGGCAAACGAUACAAAUCAACGUUUAAAUUAUAAGGAACCACUUAUUUAUGCCAUUAAUAAUCGUCAAAGUUGCAUUAAUAUUCGAUCAAUAAACUGUGAAAAACAACGAAAUAAAAACAAAUCUUCAUUAGAUAAUCGCAUUCGAAUAAAUGUAUGCGGUGACCGUUAUGAAACAUAUGAAACAACGCUUGAUAUUUAUCCAAAUACAUUACUUGGAAAUGAUAAACAACGCAGUUUUUACUAUGAUGAAGAUCGUAACGAAUAUUUUUUUGAUCGUCAUCGUUCAUGUUUUGCAGCCAUACUUUAUUAUUAUCAAUCGAAUGGUCGUUUAAGACGACCAGAUUAUGUUUCACUUGAUAUUUUUCUCGAAGAAGUUCUUUUCUUUCAAUUAGGAUCCGAAGCUUUUAGUCAAAUAGGAAAAGAUGAAAAAAUUACAAUAGUUAAAAGAAGACGAUUACCGAAAAAUUCUAUUCGAAGAUUUUUGUGGGCAAUUACAGAAUAUCCAGAUUAUUCAAAACUAGCAAAGAUUGUUCAUAUUAUUUCAUUAAUUAUGGUUUUACUUUUAACAAUGGCUGUUGCUUUUGAAACGUUACCACAAUAUAACAAUUUAUAUUGUGCUACAGACAGCAUAAGGAAUAUUACUUCUAUGCAGAAUGAAACAUACCAAAAUUCUACUAGUAAAGUGGACGUUUGUCAUUCAUAUUUUGAGUCACCAUUCUUUCUUAUUCAAGCUAUUUGUGUCGGUUUUUUUACGAUUGAAUUUCUAAUUCGUACACUAAGUACACCUUCGCCUCUAGAUUUCAUCAAAAGUCUAAUGAAUUGGUCUGAUCUAAUAGCUAUCAUAUCUUUUUAUAUUAUACUUAGCAUUUACUUAACUGAGAGUCAAGAUAAAAUCAACGUGGAUACAAAUGCUGGUCUGCGAUUUUUACGUGUAAUUCGUCUACUACAGGUUUUCAAACUUGGCCGAAUAUUUAAAAAUGUAAAAUCAUUACGUGUAUUUAUAACAACUGUAAAACAAUCGUUACUUGAUUUCCUCAGUGUAAUUAUUAUAAUAACUGUCGUCGGGUUUCUUUUUGGUACUGCUGUUUUUUAUGCCGAAAAUGGUUCAAAUGAGCAAGUUUUCAAUUCAGUUUUUACGGCAACUUAUUGGGGUGUUAGUACAGUUACAUCUUUAGGAUAUGGUGAUAUAAUACCCAUAACAAUAUUAGGUCGAAUAAUAAGCUGUUUUUGUGCAUUAUGUGGUACUGCAACAAUGGGUAUUCUUACUUCUGUUCUUGUCGGCCGUUAUCAACAAGUGUAUGCUCAAACAAUAUUUAUUGAUGAAGAAACACUUGACUUCUAUAAAUAUUUUAAUUCAGAAGAUGAACGUAUAAAUUCAAUACAUUUGAAACGUUCGUCUAAUUAUCAUGAAAUUUCGAAUAUUGAAAAUUCUAACGAACAAGCAAUGGAGACUAUAAUCGAUCAAACAAAUACAACAGAAGUUCCUCAAAUACUCAACUCACAAUCAAUAAAAAUGAAUACAAUGAAAUCAAUUAGUAAUCAAACGUAUUUCAUUCUUGGUUAUGUUAAAAACCGAAAACAAAGCAUAUCCCAAGCGUUAUUAGAAAAAAUUAAUGCUAUAAUUGAAAAAAACCGAAGAUUUGGAAUUACUUUAUCAUUAAAUAUUAUUUCUGGUGAAAUGAAUUCGGAAUUUUCGGCAAUGGAUGUUAAAUUUCAACUCGGAUCACCAUCAUCUGACGAAGAAUCUUCUGCUGAGGAUAAUGAUAAUGAUUAUGAUAUUGACGAUGAUAAUGAUGCUUUAAGAGAGCUUACAAAAGGUAGUAGAAGUAAAGAAACAGUACUGCAUACAUUUGCACGGCGAGUAUCACAAAUUUAUGAUUAA